AAAAGUGGGAGAAAGAGAGAGAGAGGGGAAGAAUUUCUGGAAAGAGAAACAAGCUGCCUCUUCGUAAUCUCGAACCCUUGCUAUCAGAGAAAACUUGUAGUGGACAGGGUGCUGCCCAUGGAAACACAGUUGAGAGUGGACCAGAGCACCAGGAGCCCCCCCACGGCUCAGCGGGAGGAGCUGCUGGCCCGGGAGGAGUUCAGCUACGAGCGUUCUGGUGCACAGGAGCGUCCCAGCGGACUGGCAGGACGGCGUGCGGAGCGAGAGCGGCCCGACAGGGACAGCUACACAGUGGAUGUUCAUGCCAGCGACCUGCAGCUUCCACAAGCCCAGCCCCUGCACCCCUGCCUUAGCUACAGGGCCUGGCUGUACAGCGUCCUCAUCGGGGGCAGCCUCUUGAUAACAGCAGGCUUCUCUCUAUACUUGGGCAAUGUCUUCCCUGCUGCCAUGGACUAUCUGCGCUGUGCGGCAGGCUCUGGCAUCCCUGCAGCGGUGGCCAGCUUCACCAUCGCCAAGAACAGACACAUCGCUGUGUCAGAUUUCCAGGUCCUAUUUGUGUCCACAUUUGCUGUGACAACCACCUGCUUGGUUUGGUUUGGCUGUAAGUUAGUGCUGAACCCCUCUGCCAUCAACAUCAACUUCAACCUCAUCCUGCUCAUUCUGCUAGAGAUCCUGAUGGCCAGCACUGUUAUUCUAUCUGCCCGCUCUGCAGAAGCUCACUGCAGCCAAAAAAAGCUGAUGACCUAUGACAGACCGGUGGUGCUAACCCCGCGGACAUUGCCUACCCGCCUGCUCAAGGCCUACUCUGUAAUUGAGGUGAUAGUAGGCAUCUCCGCUGUGUUCGGAGGAAUCAUUGCUCUCAACAUGGAUGCCCUAGUGCCUGGGCCUUACCUAUCUGUCACAUUCUUCUGGAUCCUGGUGGCCUGUUUCCCCAGCGCCAUCGCCAGCCACGUGGUGGCAGAAUACCCAAACAAGUGUCUGGUGGAGGUUCUGAUGGUUAUCAGCAGCGUUACAUCCCCCCUGCUCUUCUCCGCCUCAGGCUUCCUGUCUUGCAGCUUGCUGAGGUUCGUCGAGAUCUUUCUACAUGAGGUGCCCAUCGCUAAGCAGUCUUAUGACGUCCUGCUGCUCAUUCUGAUGGUGCUGCUGCUGGUGCAGGCUGUGUUGACCCUGGCUACUGUGCUGCACUGCGCUGUUUACAAGACGCAGUUCCGCCUAGGGAUGCCCGAGUGGGAUGAGCGUCCGCAGCAGCCCCUCCAGCAAAACACGCCGAAUGGGACUAUGCAUGAGUUUGACAAGGACAAAGCCUGGAAGGCGGUGGUGGUCCAAAUGGCUCAGUGAAGUGAAUGGUGGAUGGAGAGCAAUGGAUGGAGAGGGAACAAGAAGGAAGGGGUGGAGAAGGUGGAGUUAUGUAUUAGGAGAGCUGGAGAGAGGUGAGGAAAAGACGGUGUACCUACGUCUCUCUGGGGAUUGGAACUCGCUUAAACAAUCAGCUUUCUUCAGUGCAUGGUCCGUAGGCCCAGGCGUCGUAGUCACCUCCAGAGACCCUAAUUCUGCUGUGCAUCACAUAGGCUGGUCUGAACCCUGUCACUCUGUCCAUCAUGUAGUGUUGUAGCCUUUCUCAAGAUGCUGUGUAUAAUUAGAUUUUAUAUAAACAACUGUUGUGUAUAUUAGCUGAAGUGGUUUGUAUAUUAGCGUAGAUUUUAUUUCAAUAUAAAUACAAUGUAUUAAAAUCCAGGAUCACUUGUUGUUUGUUCUGUGUGGAAGUAUGGGACAAAUAAAGCCAAGCUCAGAAACCCUGCAAAA